CUAAGCAGAGGAGAGGGAAGAAGAAUUGGCUCCCGGGGGCGAGGCAGACAAGACAGUUCGAGGGCCUAAAAUUGGAGGCCCGGAAGAAGACUAAGGUUAAGGUAUAGUGUUUCCCGACGGGAGGCUAGCACAACGGCCCCGCCAUCGGAUUUUCCCUGUCUCGUCUCGCUCCGUGUCCGGGGGAUGUUCUGGGCAUCUCAUCUAACGAACGAAAUGCCGAAACCGGGAAGAGAAAGUGAAGAGGAAUAGCUGCAGCUUUUGCGAUGGUCGCCGGUGUCGCGUGUUCCUGCCAGCCUUGAGCAUUCUUUCGCCGAGGGAACGGCUGAUCUGGGCUCUGUCCUGUCGGUUGCCGCCGUGUUUUUUUCUCAGUGCAUUGCAUUUUGUCACUCGUCGGCUCUUCCUUCCUCGGUGCCUCCUGUUUGCUCGUCCUCCCUUCUCUCUCUCUCUCUCGUUCUCGUUCGUCGGAGAAUUGGUGUUUCCGUGGCUCUGGUCUCGGCUUUGUACUCCGUCUUUUCUCCUCUCCUCUCCGGCGGUAGUUUUUUGUUAUGUUCCUGGAAGAUUGGCGGCGGGCUAUAGUGUUGCCUAUACUGUACAAAUUAUUUGGUUGCGAAUGAGCGAGAGUUCAUGCUCGUCUCUUGUGAUGUGCGGGCACAAUGAUUAACUCCUAGUCGCGCGGCUCCCAGGUAUAAACAACGAACCUCGCAUUGUGAAGGUUUAUACGCAUUUCCAUGCUGCACCUCGUCAAAUUUUGCUACUUCGGUGUGGAUUCUAUCUCAAUGUGCAUCUUUGCCCGCGAGUGUUUGCUUGCCGACCGUUUCAAAGUGCACGCCAAAUGAGGCAGAAAGGCGGGAGUCUACUUCCGAAUAGUUUUGUAGGUCCUCUUCAAUUUCUCCGUCAACUCUAGGCUGCGAAGCUCAGAGGUUUUAGGGUACUUGGUGGCCAGCAUGGCGGGCAUAGGAGGGCUUGUGGGAGGAAGUGCUCUCGAUGAUGAAUUGAAACGUAGCAAUGUCGUCCGGCUUCGAGGUCUUCCGUUCAGUGCGUCGGAGACGGAUAUUGCAGAGUUUUUUAAAGGACUUGAAAUGGGACCCGAUGGGGUUGUCAUUUGCGUCAAUUUUCAAGGACGAUCAACGGGUCAGGCCUACGUGCAGUUCGCUAGUGCAGAGCUUGCAAACAAGGCACUGGAACGCAACAGGCAGCAUAUUGGUAGUCGUUACAUCGAAGUAUUUAAAGGGCACCCAGCAGAUAUGCAAGGUGCUCUGCGGAUGGUUGGUCGAGGAAGUGGUACAGUAAAUGGUGGUGGGGGUAUACUAAAUACUGGUAUCCCUGGGAUGUCUGGAAAUCCGGACAUGCGGUACACCGGGGUAGUGCGGAUGAGAGGGAUGCCUUACAGCUGCACAUCUGCAGAUAUAACUGCCUUUUUCAAGGGGAUGCAGGUUGUUCCUGACGGUAUUUUCCUUUGCACUCACGCGGAUGGUCGCCCCACUGGCGAGGCAUUUGUGGAGUUUAUGAAUGAGGAAACAGCAGCACGGGCCAUGCAGCUUCAUCGUGAACCUAUGGGAACACGAUAUGUGGAACUUUUUCGAAGCACCAAAGGGGAGAUGAUGACCGCCGUACAACAACGCAUGUAUGGAAUGUUUUCUGGGGUUGGGGGCUUUUCUCAAUUUGGCGCUGUAAGUCAGAUCCCAGGAAUGAUGGGAGCAUUUGGAGUGCAGGGUCUGACUGGUAUGAACGUAGCAGCCAUGCAAGCAGCCGGACUGGGGGGUAUGACUGGUUUGCAAACGAUAGGGGAUACAUCGGAACAUGUUUGUAUCAAAAUGCGGGGACUUCCUUAUAAUGCCGGACAAAGAGAAAUUAUGGAUUUUUUUGAGGGCUAUAAUAUAUUACCAAAUGGAAUACAUAUUGUGAUGGGGGCAACCGAACGUCCAACAGGAGAGGCCUUUGUAGAAUUCAUCUCUCCUGAGGAGACUCAGCGGGCCAUGGAGCGUCACCGGCAAAAUAUUGGAUCUCGUUAUAUUGAGCUGUUUAGAGCGACAAAAAGUGAAAUGAUGUUGGCGAUGGGAGGAUUAUCUAGUUUUGGAAUGGCACAAGCUUUGGAUCCCAGCGUUCAACUUUUGCUCUUACAACAGCAGGUGCAAGCAGCAGCAGGGGCCUUCGGUUUAAUGGGCACACAAGGAGCGGGAGCAUGGACAGAUAUGCAACAGGCCGCGGCGGCGGCAGCUUCCUUCUAUCAAAGGCAAGCAGGUUUGACAGGAUCAACAGGGACCGUGGCAUUUGACCCUUCAUCAUCAUCAUCCAAGAUCCGCGGCCUGCCUUACAGGACGUCGACGUGACUUCGCAAGGUUAGCAGGAUCAGACGGGAUUUCUUGCUGUUUAUGUUAGAAACUGGGAAUCCAGUUCCCAACGAACUACCCUUUACAUCAAUCCGCUUAAGACCACGACAAGUGUGCUACUUUGUGUCAAAAAUAGUAGUAGAAAGCUGUAGAUUAAAGCGCAGGUGCACCGGUGAGAGUGCUGACGAUAAAUCGACUUAGAGAGAGGCGACUUAGUUUUUGGAUGACUGGCUGGGAUCAGAGUAUAUAUUAACGUUGUUUCUUGUCGUCAAGUAUGUCAUUGGCACAUGAUGCUCGUUCUGGAGAGCCCAGUGUCUUGGGGGUUAUACCGAGCUUGUUCUACUCAGCAGAAUGGAGGAUUCUCACAUCUUUUGUAAAUGGAGAACACGACACGAUGUUUGGAGAAAGCGCCCCAUCGGUGGAAAGGAGGCGUACCUGGCUCUGCGGUGGAAGUCGAAGCCAGUAACGUCUUUUUCCUGUACUCUUUCACUCGAAAGUCAUCGUCACAGGAGAGAUGUCUUCCUCUGUUGAACACCAAGAUUCUGAGCCAAGUUUUACUCUCAUCCCUCCACUGUAUGAAAUAAAGAAACUUACUUUGUAACGUCGAAUGUAAACGUGUCUUUUAAGAGCUGUUUCUUGUACAUGCCCUCCCAGGGAACCAGGUUAUCCGCAGUUUUUGUAGAUGUCCAUCAGCGCCAGCUGCUCUUUUACAAACACGCACCUUGUGCCUUGUAUGCCGGGAAGUUUUGUUUUUUGCGCCACUCUCAACACCUCAUGGAGUGUGUUUGUUCGGGUACUCUGGACCUCGAUACAAUUGAAGUAAAAGUUACAUUAGU